AUGUUAAACCAAGCUGUAGUCGAAGCUUUAUAUUCUGCGACAUAUAUCGAAAAUUAUUUGGAUUGUGUGGAAAACUUACCAAAUGAUUUACAAAGGCAUGUUUCCCGGUUACGAGAACUCGAUGCUACUUGUCAAACAUACCUGCGAGAGGUAGAUCAACAACAAGAAGCAUUACGAAAUGACACAGACUUAGCAGUUAGAAGAAGAGCACUUUUAAGAGUUCAGCAAGCAUUGAUUGCUGCACAAGAAAUUGGAGAUGAAAAGUUACAAAUAGUUCAACAAGUUCAAGAUCUUAUAGAAAAUAAGUCCAGGCAAUUAGAUUUAGAUUACCGUAACCUUGAUUUUGGAAAAGAACAGGAGAGUAGUGAAUCAACACGUGAAACAAAUGCAAAUGUAAACACAAACUCUUCUGGUAAUGCAAAUAAUUCAGAAAGGCAGCCAAAGAGAGCUAGAAGAACAAGAACAGAGACAAUGGUUGAAUCUUCUAAUGCAAUGGACAUGAUUGUAAUGGCAGAAACACGUUCGAAUUCUUUGUUAAAUGCAAGUAAUGGUAAUCAGAAGAAAUCAACUACUACUAAUACUGGCAAGAAAAAGAAAAGAAAAUCUAGACAAGGUAAUCAGCAAAAUCAACAUCGCGAAGAUACUCCGCCACCACCGGAAGAUGAUCUUGCUAUAGACCCAGAUGAACCAACAUAUUGUCUCUGUGAUCAAAUAUCAUAUGGAGAAAUGAUAUUGUGUGAUAAUGAUUUGUGUCCCAUAGAAUGGUUUCACUUUUCUUGUGUUUCAUUAAGUACCAAGCCAAAAGGUAAGUGGUUUUGUCCAAAAUGCAGAGGAGAUAGACCAAAUGUUAUGAAACCCAAAGCACAAUUCUUAAAAGAAUUAGAAAGGUACAAUAAAGAAAAAGAGGAGAAAUCGUAGCAGGAGAAAAAUGGUGAGCAAUUUAAACACCUUGGAAGACUUAAUUAAAAUUAAA